UAUUCAUUCAUUCGUAUUGGUAGGCAGAAGAGAGAUACACAGAGCAUUCCAAUUUACAAAUGCCAAGUGUCGUGCUUUGCUAAUGAAUCCACUUGGCCAAUAUAUAUAUUUUUUUGAAAAUUACAGAAGCCAGUGCCGGUAUCAAUGGCAUUUCACUCAUCUUUCCUUCUUUUCUAAAAUCUCUAGUUACCCAUUUCUCCAUUAUAUUCCUUUCUUCCUUCUCAUUUUCUUCUCUUCUGUUUAUGGUAUUAUUACUAUUUCAUAUUUCCUUGUGUUAAGCUGUCCUGCCACGAUGGUCAGCUUCAAAUAUUGGGAUGACUGUGUUGAUCCUGAGGAUUUGGAAGCAAUGUGGCAACAACCUGCAGUGAGAAAAGAGUGGAUUGAUGUUGGGGAGACUCAAGGACAAAAAGUUCACCUAUCAAGGGAUCCUGAAGGACAGCCUUAUUUGACACAAACAGAGAUGCGGGCUGUUGCUGAAAUAGUUACUAGCAGACAUUUUGAUACACAUAUAGAUCCGGAGAUGAUUUGUACUAUUGCAGAACUUGAAAGUAAUAGGCAGCCUCUUGCCGAGCAACAUGAUAAGAAAUCCAAGGUCACUACAGUAGGAAUCAUGCAGAUUUCACCAGCAACUGCAGAGUCGAUGGCCAAGGAGUAUCAGAUUUCAUUAUACAAAAUUGAAGGGGAUCCAGAUAUUCUGUACAGGCCGUUCGUAAAUGUAUAUUUCGGAGCAACCUACCUUAAAUGGUUAUCAAACUUUGAAAACAAAGUUAGAACUGAAGAGUUUAUGGUCAGGGCUUAUAAGGGUGGUACAAAGAAAGCAACUCAUAAAUCAACCCUGCCAUAUUGGAAGCGUUAUAUUUCUGUGAAAGAGACUUUUACACCCAGGUGCAGAAAACAUUCUAAUGGUCCGACUACUCAAGCACCAACUUCAACUGCACUGGAUUCAUCGAACUCAGAUGAUGCCUGCCUGUAUUGGGACUCCAGAGUUUCCCCCGAAGACAUGAGAGAGAUGUGGAAUAAUCCUGAAAUCUGCAACGAGUGGAAUAAAUCUAGUCAGAAAAGGGGAAAAGUGCUAUUUACCCUUGAUAGUGAGAAGAACCCAUGUCUUUCUCGUUUAGAACUGAAGGCAGUUGCAGAAAUAAUUGUUAACAAUUACUUCAGUACAAUGGGAAUAAAACCAACGGCACUUUGUGCUCUGGCUGAGAUGGUUAGCAUGCGCAACGUAGACGGGACUGAAGAACGAGCAGGACUAAUGGGAAUUGACUACUCUACAGCUUUUCGGCUUUACACAGAGGUGGGAUUCAGGGAUUAUCCGAUAGAUUACGAAGAAGAUCUCACCAAACCAUUUGUGUCCAUGUAUUUUGGGGCGGCAUAUUUCGCUUGGUUAUCAAUGUAUGAAGGGAGCGAAAGGGAUCUGCAAUUUGUCAUUCAGGCUUAUAUUUCCGGACCGGAAAAUGUAAAUCCUGAAGGGAUGUGUCCGGAGUGGGCUAAAUUCGAGCAAACAUUGGCUGGUUUUGAGUUCCGAGAGAGGAACGGAGGGAGGUGCACCGUCAUGUGACUUGAUUGAUAUGAUUAUCUUCUCAUCACCAAUUUGGGGAGUUGCAUGGGAUUGGGGUGCACUUUGAUUUGGAUUUGAAGAUUGAUACAAACACCAAAUACGCCUCUAAAUGCUGUUAUAGUAAAGAUGGAUGAUUGACAUUUGUGGGCAGCCAUUUUUUUAUUUUCUUUAUUUUAUUUUAACUUUAAAUUCAUUUUUUGAGAAUUAAAUAAUACUUAUAUAUAUAUA